UUUUCGCCUGACUCGACUCUUUGCCUUGCUGUUUACAGUGGUGAUGUAACGUACAAAACUUAUAUUUUCCGGUUUUAAUCAUGUCGACGACUUUAGUAGCAGAAAAAUCCUUGGUAGGAACAAUUGACAUCGUAUUGCUUGCUUCUUUCAUCGGUGUUUUACUCUACUGGUUUUGUGGGCGAAAAAAGAAGACCGAGACUGCGGCUCUUACACAAAAACUGGUUUUGGCGCCAACAUCCAAAGUUUCCCAAGAGGACACAAGUUUCAUUGGGAAAAUGAAAAAAUCUGGAAAGUCCAUAGCAAUAUUCUAUGGCUCUCAAACUGGGACAGCUGAAGAGUUUGCUGGUCGCCUGGCAAAGGAUGCUCAACGUUAUGGUUUGAAAGCUCUUGUGCUAGACCCAGAGGAGUGUGACAUGGAAGAGCUUACACGCAUGGGGGAAGUUGAGAAUGCAAUGGCUAUCUUUGUAGUUGCUACAUAUGGUGAAGGUGACCCCACUGAUAAUGCACAGGAGUUCUAUGAAUGGUUACAGAAUGAUAGAGAUGACCUGGACUGUGUUAAUUAUACGGUCUUUGGUCUAGGAAACAAGACAUAUGAACACUACAAUGCAAUGGGCAGAUUCGUGGACAAACGACUUGAAGAGAUGGGCGCAAAACGAGUAUUUGAAAAAGGAGAGGGGGAUGAUGAUGGAAAUUUGGAAGAGGACUUUGUAAGAUGGAGAGAACAAUUCUGGCCAGCAGUGUUAAGCAAAUACAACAUUGAUAUCAGAGAAAUCAAGAGGAGACUGUCAUCUUGUAUUGAACGUCAGUUCAAACUUGUGAUCCACAAAGAUUUACCUCAAGACAAACUUUAUACUGGAGAGAUGAAUAAACUUAAGUCAUAUAUUACUCAGCGACCGCCUUUUGAUGCUAAGAACCCUUUCUUGGCUCCAGUACUAGUGAAUCGUGAGCUGCACAAAGCUGGUACUCGAUCCUGUAUGCACAUUGAAAUUGACAUCACUGGCUCUAAAAUUAAGUAUGAUGCAGGAGACCAUGUGGCUGUGUAUCCUACUAAUGACCCUGAACUUGUGGAGAAACUUGGCAGCUUAUUAGAUGUGGAUCUAGACUCAGUCAUCUCACUCAAUAACACAGAUGAGGACUCACCUAAAAAACAUCCCUUUCCAUGUCCUACAACGUAUCGGACUGCCCUGCUGCACUAUGUCGACAUUGCUAGUGUAGUGAAGACACAUGUGCUUAGAGAGUUGGCUGAAUAUGCAAAGGAUUUUGAGCACAAAGAGUUCCUCAUGAACAUCACGGAUACUACAGAGGAGGCAAAAACUCAAUAUCAAGAGUGGGUUCUACACCCACACCGGCAUGUUGUAGCAGUGCUGGAAGAUCUUCCCUCAUUGAGGCCUCCCCUUGAUCACCUGUUGGAACUUUUACCUCGACUGCAGUGCCGCUACUACUCCAUCUCCUCAUCACCAAAGAUGCAUCCCACUUCUAUUCACAUCACUGCAGUGCUUGUAAAGUGGAAUACAUCCACUGGUAGAGUGCAGAAAGGUGUUGCAACUAACUGGCUUGCUGAAAAGAAUUCUAAAGAAGGUGAAGUUUCCCGCAUUCCGAUCUUCGUUCGCAAAACCCAGUUCCGCCUUCCUUUCAAGUCAGUGACUCCUGUCAUCAUGGUAGGCCCGGGUACUGGCUUAGCACCCUUCAGAGGCUUUAUACAGGAUAGGCACAUGCAGAAACGAAGUGGCAAAGCUGUCGGUGAGAUGAUUUUGUUUUUUGGUUGUCGCAAGAAGAGCGAGGACUACAUUUAUGAGGAUGAACUGCUGUCAUAUUCACAAGAUGGUACCAUUCAACAGUUGCAUGUUGCUUUUUCAAGAGACCAAAAAGAGAAGAUCUAUGUGACCAAUCUCAUGGCAGAGAAUGAGCAGUCCAUCUGGAAUGUAUUGGAUAGCGGAGGCCACAUUUAUGUUUGCGGUGACGCUCGCAACAUGGCACGUGACGCACAUACCCUACUGGUGUCCAUCGUCAAGAAAAAUGGCGGCCUCUCUGAGAAUGAAGCCACAGAUUACGUCAAGAAACUCAGUGCCAAAGGAAGAUAUUCAGUUGAUGUCUGGAGCUAAAGAAUGUAUACCUGGAGAUUGCCAAUGAAACUUACUUCAGUUUUAGCACUUUUCAGUUGUUUUUUAAUAGACAUUUUUUAUUGUAGAGAAAGAUAUAAGGAAAUUUCAUUUCCAAUGGUCUUUCAUAAUUGGUAGUUGCCUUUUUAGAUACUAAUACUUCUUCUUAUUGAAAAUCUCGUUUCUUGGUUCUCGUACAAUGUUCACGUGUUGUAACGUGAAAGGCGCGAAACAAAUAAGAUAAUAUAACUGUUUAGGAGAAAAUACAGAGGUUUACAUGAAAAAAUUUUAAUUGUUCGUUAGCAAGUUCUUUUUUGUGCGAACUGUACAUGACCAUGUACGUGUAGGAAUAUUUUCAUUGACACGUGUCUCGUAAUUGUUUACGGCUAUCAUUCUCGUUCCCAGAGCUUCGUAACGACAGUUUAAAACGAGUUGCACUGGGGACGAGAAUGCAGGGUAAUGACAAGUCAAGCAAAGACGCUUGACUAGGAGUGACAUUGACCAUGCGUAAGUUACUCAAUGUGAUGUCUGUAUUUCCCAAUGUAUACGUCUAUGGUGUUCUUACGAGAAUACGUCAAUGGAGAUGGAGUUUUUAACGUAGAAAUGUAUCCCAACUCAAUCCCAGCUGAAAGGAUCUUUAUUGAAAAGAGCAGGAAAAGGUACAUCUUGAUACUUGGCAGUGGACGCCAAGUUUGAUUAAAACCAUUUUGUGGAAUUGUCCAUGCAUACCAUAUUUCUUAAGCUUUCAGUUUAGGAGUUUGCUGUAGGCUCUGUGGGAAAUCUUCUGACCAGUUUUUGGAAGGUCAUAGGUCCAUUUCCUCUGGGCACAAUUCUAAUUGGCGUUUUCUUUUUCUUUUGGGGUGGAGCAUUUUGUUUUAUUUUGUUUUGGUUUCUUUAAGAUUAACCGUUUUGCAUAGAUACUUCCUUUACAUGUUCUGUAAAUUUGGUUUUAGGAAUGCAUAUUCCCUACAAAAUCUUUAAUUAGUGUUUAAUUGGUGUGCAUGUAUCUUGAUGUGUAAUAAGAUCAUUCAUUGACAAAUCAAACAUCGAAUAAUCGCCAUU